AUGGCUGCUUCACAAAAAAUUUUCUCUGCUAUCUGCUUUUGUUUUUUCCUCCUCGCUCUUUGCACUUCUGCCUAUGAGGUUUCUCAUGAUGGAAGAGCAAUCACCAUUGACGGCGCACGUAGGGUUUUGAUUUCUGGCUCAAUUCAUUACCCUCGAAGCACUCCUGGGAUGUGGCCUGACCUAAUAAAGAAAGCAAAAGAAGGUGGACUAGAUAUGAUUGAGACUUAUGUGUUUUGGAAUGCUCAUGAGCCAUCUCGUCGCCAGUAUGAUUUUUCUGGUAACCUUGAUUUCAUAAGGUUUCUCAAAACCAUUCAAGAUGAAGGACUCUAUGUUUUUCUUCGUAUUGGCCCUUAUAUUUGUGGCGAAUGGAACUAUGGAGGGUUACCUGUUUGGUUGCAUAACAUGCCUGGUAUUGAGCUUCGGACUGCAAAUAGUGUAUUUAUGAAUGAGAUGCAAAAUUUUACAACCAUGAUAGUUAAUAUGGUAAAAAACGAGAGGCUUUUUGCAUCACAAGGAGGUCCAAUUGUCCUUGCUCAGGUAUAUAGCUGA